UAUAACUAAAUCUAAACGGUUUCCCUUUUUUUCUGUGGCUGCACUGGGUUUUUAGCUGCUUUCUAGAAAGCACUAUGUACUCAUGUUAACCGUAAUUUUCCCCCUGUAUUGAUCUGCGCUGUGUCUUCUGUGGAUUGUAAUAUGGCGGUUGGCAACCAUCUGGAUUAGAGUGUUGGCUCUGCUUCGCUAUUGGCAGAACGAGAGCGAAUAUUAACAACAAGGGGGUGGUAGUCUACUUGACCGCCUUACGGCGGGAAGUUGGUUAACCCCGGCAAUGUUAAUAUACUGUAGCUUUAGUCACUGCACCUGCAUACCGCUAGUGCUGUUCGAGUUCGGUUAUAGAUUUCCAGGACGAAAAUGAGUCUUCAGCUAUAACUAAUUAAUCAAGAUGAAUUUCCGCAGUUGUCUGAGUGUUGCAGUCAUCUGGUUCCUGUCUUCCAGCCAGUUGAGCUCAGGGCCACACUUGUCUAUACUUUAUCUUAGUGUAACCAGAGGGUCCGUAACUAUACCAAUAACUGAUGGCUGGUGUCCAGAGUCGGACUUCGGAUUAUACACAGAGAGAAAGGGCCCAGUGGUCACGUAUGAGAACAACGUGCCCACUGAGGGGCCAAAUUAUCUGGGCAGGAUCCAGCUGAUGAACAUCUCCAAUGGCUGUACUGUUGUAAUUCACAAUGUAACCAAAGAAGAUACAGAGACAGUUUAUUAUACAGACGGUCUUCCAGGUCAACUGAGAAUUGCACUUAAAAUGACAAAUAGCACUGAGGGUUCAAUCACCAUAGCAGCCGCGCAACCAUCUUCAACCACACCAGGAGGGAGUAUUGAGAGUUCAGCCUCCCAACCAUCUACAACCACAUCAGGUCUACAUGUGGAACAGCUUGCUGGGCUGGUGUCAGUAGGGGGGCUGGGGGUGGUGGUGGUGGUGGUGGUGGUAGUAGUAGUAUGCAUCAGAAAAAGAAAAAACAAGUUGAAGGAAGAACCUCCCUUGGCCGAGCUCCAAGUUCUAAAUCAAAAUGCAUCAAAGGACACAGCAGAACAAUGAAAAUGAUCUUUGUUACUACGGCUGGCUAGACACAUGAUUUUGCCUUAUCUUCUUGCCAUGAGCAUUUCUAAUCAAUCAAAUCAAACUCGGGCAUGUUUUUUGCUGGUCUGCUCUGGUGGAAUCUUUUUGAAAGUGCUUUCUAAAUGCAAUGUCCCAUUCACUUCUAUUGGGCGUCAGCUAGUGGUGGCUUAAGUUGUGACGUUUUGAAGGGAACUGAACCAUGCAUUACUGUUUCUCCUGGCCCAAAGACUACUGGCAGAGUGAGGAGCCUAACAAGUUGUGUAAAAUCCUAAACUAUCCCUUUAAACUCUCAGCCUUACUGUACAACUACUGUACUUAUGAUUUUCUUCAUCCUUGAUAACGGAGGAUCAUUGUCAGCAUUACGUUCUUUCUACUUUGUAGAAAGUAAGUUAAGAGAAGAGGUGUUCAACUAUGAAACUGUUACUGACCCCUGGUAAUAUCCCACACUCACUGUACAAAUAAUUAAUUUAUGAUCAAAGGUUUUAAUGUCAGCAUAGAACCCCACAUUUGAAAGUUAACAAAUUGCAUAUAUAAUGCCUUUUUAAAAUGCUCUUUUGAGACAGAACUUUAGGUAGUUCAGUUUUAUCUAAUCUAUAUAGAUGCUCUUUUGCAGAAUGUAAAUUGAAGUGGCCCGUCUUGUUAUUCAGACUGGUCGAUAUACAAACACUCCCUUAGAUGCGUCUUCUGGAGCGAUAGUUCCACUCAAACAGAAGCUUAUGCCUUGUUUUACUGUGGGUUAUACAAGGACAUUAGGGAUGACUUCUCUUGCCAACUGUCCAGCUAUAAGGAAAUGCUACAUUUGAUCAGGUAACGAUAAUGUAAAUGCAUCAUCCAUCUGUGACCUUUAGAAGUGAAUUAUCUUAUCUACUGUACUUUGUUUUUGUUUCUGCAUAUGUGUAUAGAUGUAUGAUAGCUGAUAGCAAUAAUAUUUAGAUGAUUUAAUGUAUUAUACAGGACGCCAAAGGAAAUGCUGUGCAAUGUUUGACUAUUACUGUCUCAACUCUGCACCACAAUGUGGUUUUUAAAUCCUGUUCUGUAUUUUCAACCAGUUGUGGAGUGACUUUUAUACAUUUUCUAUCUCUAACCUUUGAAUAAAUUGUUCUUAUCUGA